AUGGCGGAACCCUCGCCACCGUUGCCGAUUUCGUCAGUAGAAAAGUUGCGCGUGGGGGCUUCGUAUGGCUCUUUUGAAGAUAUGGAGAAAGCUCUUGAUAAAUAUAAAGAGACAAGCUUGACUGUUUUCGUGAGAAAAAGCUCGAGGACCACUCAGGCCGCCAACGCUCGCCUCAAAACCGACGAGGACAGAUAUGACCCGAGGCUGAAAUAUGCGUAUGUACGUUGGUGCUGCAAACAUGGCGGGAAUCACAAAACUUCCAGUACGGGACAAAGGCCACAUCAAACGACCUACAAGCUUGGCUGCCCGGCCGCAAUCUUUGCGACUGCGGAUCGCAAUUCAAGCCGUCUUGUGAUAAAAACCUUGAAUGAUACCCACAACCACGCUGUAAGCAGUGACAUUUACAUGCACUACCCUGUAAAUCGUGAAGUGGACGAUAAGCUGAAAGCUGUUUGUCGUGUCAUGUACAACCUAAAAGUGCCUGCAGGGGUUUUCCGAGAUAAACUGAUUGAGAUAUCUGGAAAAGAAUUUACAGCUAAGGAUAUCUUAAAUCUCAAGUCAAAGAUCCGAAUGGACAACUCAGACAGUGGUUCAAAGCUGAACCUACUUGUUACAGAACUAGAAGCCAUCCUUGAGCAGUUUCCAGAUGCAUUCAUCCGUUUGAAGAUAAGUGAGGUGGGCCUAGUUGAAGCGAUUUUCAUUCAAAUGCCUGUGAUGAGGGAUUCGUUCAUAAAGUUUCCGGAAGUGUGUUUCCUCGAUGCUACGUACAGGGUAAAUGAACAUAAAAUGCCACUGUUCACGUUGAUGGUCGAGGAUGGACUUGGUCACAGUAUCCCUGCAGCACAUUUCCUGGUGUCUGCAGAAGAUCAGGAAAAUAUUGAUCAUUGUUUUGAUUUGUUCAAGCAGUCGUUGCCAGAGGGAAUGCUUGACAAAACAACGUGUGUGGUCAUUGACAAGGACUUAAAAGAAGUGAAUACGAUCAAGAAAUUCUUUCCCGGUGCCACAAUCCAUCUGUGCUUAUUUCAUGUGCUGAGAUGUUUCCAAAGGGCCACAAAAGACAUUCCCGUUGCAACUAAAGAAGGCGUACGGAAAGUAUUAGAAAACAUGGCUUUUUGUAGUGAAGAAACUCAGUAUGAUAAACUUUACGAUCAACUGAAGGAACUAGCCCCAGAGACAUUCCUUACAAAGUUUGCCAAAAAUUGGGACGAAUGCAAAGAAAUGUGGUGUUUUUGCUGGCGAAAGAGGACAAUGAACCUUGGUAACAAAACGACUAAUCGUCUAGAGUCCUUUCAUCAGAAAUUGAAGAUGAAUUUGAAUAGCUCAAAAACUCUGGCAGAAUGUAUCCAUGAAUUGGUACAGCUUUCAGAAACCAAAAAAGGCCAGAUCAAACAUAAGACUAAUAUUGGGUCUUGCUCCAUUUCCUAUGAUGCCACUGAGCUGUCAGCCGAAGGUCAUGCUAUAUACGAGACGUGUUCACCAUUUGCAGCAGAGAAAAUUGUUGUGGAGCUAAAAGGCAUGAGGAGAAUGCAUACUACCUUUAAAUCUACGCCCUUGAAAGGAAAUGGCUAUGCUGUGCAGUCUGCAAGUGGAGGAAGUGUCUUCAGUGUUUGUAGCGACAUGAAAACAUGUAGUUGUCACUUUUUCAAGAAUCAUGGUUUGCCCUGUCGACACAUUUUCUUUGUUCGGAAGGUUGAAAGUACUGAACUGUUCAUUCCAGAUCUUGUAUCGCGACGAUGGAGGAAAGAAUAUCAGACUGCAUCAGUUGCCACUGUCCCGCUUCCUGUUCCUGCAACAAUGCACGACAAUGUCGUGUUAACCGUCCAGGCUACCGCCAGCAAAACGAAGAAGACAUUAAACAGGUGUCAAAAGUACAGGGAAGCCUUAGGUGUUUGCAAAGAAAUAGCUUCAGUAAUUUGUGAACAUGGACAAGAUGUCUUCAAUGGAUACAUUUCAAACCUCAAAGACUUCAAAGCUUGUGUUUUAGGUGGGAAGGAAGUUGACAUUCUCGAUGUUAAUGCAGGUCCGUCUUGUGAUCCACAGCUCACAAACUCACUCAUGUCUGUUGCUGAAGUUCAUACUGGUAUGUCUUGUGUGCCUGAAAUUUCUGAAGAAGACACGCUUUGCCCUGAGGAUUUAACAUGUCAUCAUGAUCUCAACAACAACGAUGUCGAUCCAAGCAAGUCUUCUGUGCAGCCAGAUAAGAGCCUGAGAGAUACUAGUAUGCCAGAUGAUCUGUCGUACUACGGAGAAUGUUACAGUGAUUCACAGUUAGAUAUUGAUACAAAUGUACGGAGUCGUGCCCCAAGUGAGAAACAAGGAAACGCUUGUUUUUCACCGUGUUUAGGAUCAGCAUCAAGUACCCAGGUUACCAGUAAUCUGCCCGUGAAUGCCCAUUUGGACUCCAUGAAGGACAUUUUAGGUGAAAAACUGCUUCCUGAUCUGGCUUCUACUCCAAGGCUUGCAGAACAGACAUUUUCAACCUCAGUUUCAGUGGCUGAAUUUAAGUCCUUGUUAGAGCAAAUACACCUAGUUGAAAAACCAAAGGUUCGUGGGCGGCCUAAAGGGAAAACACAAUCAGUAACAGGAAUUCCAAAGAAAAUCGAGAAUAAACGAAAACAAAGUCAAGCGCGAAGCCAGAAUAAGAAAGCCAAGCGAGCUGACAAGAUCAAGGACAAGACAGAUUCGACCAAGAAGAAGGGAGCCAAGAAGAUACAUGUAGAUGACAAGAUCAAGACCGAUGUGCUGAUAGACUUGUCAACUCUUGAUGAUUUGGAAGAUGACAUCGGACCUGGGGAAGAUUUGAGAGAGGUGAUCAAGUACGCUCUGCAGGGUUAUUUGGACGACCUUCCAGAUGGAGAACUUGAGCACUGCUUUGAAACAUUGAAGGAAGAAUAUUUUAACAUGAAAAGAGCCCGCAACAGUAUGGACAGAUUUGUGCUAUGUCUUAAUGACCCAGUGCACUCUUUCUUUUUGGAGUCAUCACGUAUCUUCGAAACAGAAAUGGAAGACAUCGCAAGUUAUCUUUGCCUAUCGAAUAAAUGGAAGUCGAGAUUUGUUUCUUUUAAGCAGGGAAGUGGAGAUUACCUCAUGCUUGUGUGUAGUGUGUUAGCCAAGGCAUAUUCGCUGCAAGUGUUGCCGUCAGCUAUUAUUGCAACACUACAUGGUAUACCUCACCACCUGAAAGACGGCGAACAGUAUGUUAAAAGGGCAGAGGAGGGUGUUGAUGAAACAGUGAAGCUGGCCAUUGGUAACAACACGUUAAGAGACACAGAAUUCAAGACUCUGCUUCAACCUGACGGGAUGUUAAAUGAUAAUGUUGUGAGUGCUUUCCUUUCUGUGCUGUCGAGACAGGCAAAUUCAAAGAUCCAAAACACUGCACUCGUCUUGCCAUCCUUCCUGGCAUCAAAAUGGGAGAAGAAUGACAACACGUGGAUUUUCAAAAAUGUUGAUGUGGAAAAGUUCACCUGGGUAUUUGUUCCAAUUUGUACCAAUAACCACUGGAUCGUGCUAGUGGCUAACCUUCAGCAGUCAUCAAUUGGAAUUUUGAAUUCAAUUCAUUGGCCUGGCAGCCGUGUCGAGAUAUUCUUGUCUGGUUGGAGAAACUUCAUGCAUGCCCGGGGUGAUACCAGACCAUGGAAAUCCAAAUUGUAUGAAUGCAGCGAGCAAGAAGACGGCAGCAGCUGUGGAGUCUUUCUUCUGAUGAAUGUAGAGGCUAUUUUGCUGGAUGUGGUACCAUCUGUUAUGCGCCAGUUCCAUGCCAGGAUGUAUCGCCAAUACAUAGUUGGUAGAUUGCUCAAGGAUGGUGUGGAAGACGUCAACCAGAAAUGCGACCUUCCCUUCUGUAAGAUGGAGGACAACAAGGAUCUAGUGCAGUGCAUUGAAUGUGAUCGCUGGUGCCACCUAUCCUGCUGUGAAAUGGAGCAGAGGCCAGAGAUAUUCUGUUGUUUGUAUUGUAUUUAAAUGAUGUUUUAGAUACUUUUACUUUAAUAGCACCUUUCAUAAAUUUUCAAGAACAUGUCUUGUGGUCUGGCGUGCGUAACAACUUGAAAUUGCAGCUGCUGAAGAUGUUCAGCUGAAGAUGUAUGUACUGCUGUCCACUUGUGUCAGUAAUUGUUUUAAUCUACUGUUGUACUGUUGUUUUCAUGUAUGACCAUCAGACCUAGUUCCAACAUAAGUUUUCAUCGAUGUCUGUAGUCAGGAGUGAGGAGUUGAAAUAGUUGCAGUUCUAUGAUAUUAGACUUACAGUCAACCACAUAAAGUUGGUCACAUGGAGGGGAGAAGCAAUUUUAAUUUGAUUUAUCUGAAGUUCGACAUGUGAUUGCUGUGAGAUGAUCUUGGAGAGAGGCAUCAGUUGUUGACAGGAGUAGUUCACAUUCUCUCUCAACAGACACUUAAUGAUCGUGCCAUAUUUUAGUUUUAAUACAUAAAUUAUGAUUAGAGAGCAUGCAUAGGUGGUCUGGGGAUGUGAUUUAAAUGCUCAUUUGUCUUUCAAUAUGCCCAACAUGUAUAAAUAGAAUAAAAGCUAU